GGCCGACUCUGGGCAGUGGCCAACUGCGGGUCCAACCGCCCGCCGGCUGCCGGUUCCGCGCGUCCCCGCCUUCGCUUCCCGGCGGGCAAGUCUGGGCGUCCGGGGUCAAUCGGGUUUCCCGCCUGUCCGUGGCUGUGUCGCCCUUUUUCUUCAGUUUUCGUGGCUUGCUUCUGUGUCCUCCACAGUCUUCUCUCUCUCCCACCCCCUUGGCUCAUUCUCCCACGCUUCGGUGUCCAAGACCUGGGAGCUGCCCGGCGCCCAGCCUGCACCGAGAGAGAUGGAGGAGCCGGGGUCCCGCGAAGAGGUCAUGGAAGAAGUGACAUCGUGCUCCUUCAACAGCCUUCUGUUCCAGCAGGAAGACAAGAGAGGGAUCACCUACCGGAUCCCAGCCCUGCUCUACAUCCCCCCCACCCACACCUUCCUGGCCUUUGCAGAGAAGCGCUCCACAAGCCGGGAUGAGGAUGCUCUCCACCUGGUGCUGAGGCGAGGGUUGAGGACUGGGCACUCAGUACAGUGGGGACCCAUGACACCACUGAUGGAAGCCACAUUACCUGGGCAUCGGACAAUGAACCCCUGUCCUGUGUGGGAGCAGAAGAACGGCUGUGUAUUCCUAUUCUUCAUCUGUGUGCGAGGCCAUGUCACUGAGUGUCAACAGGUCAUGUCAGGCAGGAAUGCAGCCCGCCUCUGCUUCAUCUGCAGUCGAGACUCUGGCUGUUCAUGGAGCCAGGUGAGGGACCUGACGGAAGAGGUUAUUGGUGCAGAGGUGAAGCGUUGGGCCACAUUUGCUGUGGGCCCAGGUCAUGGCAUCCAGCUGGAGUCGGGGAGGCUGGUCAUCCCUGCAUAUGCCUACUACAUCCCUCACUGGUUCUUUUGCUUCCGGCUUUCAUGUAAAACCAAGCCUCAUUCCCUGAUGAUCUACAGUGAUGACCUAGGGGCCACAUGGCACCACGGCAGGCUCAUUCAGCCCAUAGCAACAGUGGAGUGUGAAGUGGCAGAGGUGACUGGCUGGGCUGGCAGCCCCGUGCUGUAUUGCAGUGCCCGGACACCAAACAGGUGCCGGGCGGAGGCUUUCAGCGAUGACCGUGGUGAAUGCUUUCAGAGACUAACCCUGAGCCAACAGCUCUGUGAGCCCCCAAAUGGCUGCCAAGGCAGUGUGGUGAGUUUCCAGCCCCUGAAAAUCCUAUGUGGGUGCCAGGACCCUGAUGGCAAAGAUGCUCCUACCAAUCAGCAGAGCCCUCUGCUAGACAGCUCAUUAAGGCUAGAGCAGGAAGCUGGAUCACUGUCCAAAUCAUGGCUCUUGUACUCACACCCAACCUGUAAGAAGCGGAGGGCCAACUUAGGCAUCUACCUCAACCAGAUCCCUUUGGACGCUGCCUCCUGGUCCCACCCCUGGAUCUUGCACUGUGGGCCCUGUGGCUACUCUGAUUUGGCUGCUUUGGAAAAGGAGGGCUUGUUUGGGUGUCUGUUUGAGUGUGGGACCAAGCGAGGGUGUGAGCAGAUUGCCUUCCGCCUGUUUACAGACCGAGAGAUCCUGAGCCAUGUGCUUGGGGACUUCACCAGCCCUGAUAAGAGCCCUGAGCCAACUGAAAGCUAAAAAUUGAUGUAGGACCCAAUUUUCCAUAGAAAGGACACCACAGAAGGCAACCACAACCAGGAUAAUGGAGGCCAGGUUGACAGAAGUUAUUGAAGUCUACAGAGAAUCCAAAAACUUAAUAUUGUGCUCUCUACCUUUUUUUCCUUCUCCUCCAAAGAGCAAAAUGAAAAUUUUGCUAUAGAUACUGCAGUGGAAAGAACUUUAAGUGGGGAAACCAUGAUGAGGUCCCGGUCGUGCCACUGGCUUGCUGAGGGGCCUUGGCCACGUCACCCGAGCUCUCUGGGCCUCAGGUCUCCAUCUGUAAAAUGAGAGGAUUGGUUCUGGGAUUUUUCUUCUUUCCCAUUUCCAGCAAAGGCAGAGUGUCUGCGUGCUCCAUGGUCAGCAAAUGCUGGCUCCGUAGUGGACUCUGAUCUCAAAAGGGAAGUCCAAGGACUCAUCUUUUCCAGUGACUCCCACUCAUUCAGAUUUGAGGCUACAAGCAGGUGUUCUGGCACAAAGGAACAUCUGGAUGGUUUGUCCUGUUCUUAAUUACAAAACACACCCUUUUAAUCAUGUUUGUAACUCUACAGGUUCUCUGCCCUAGAGGAAGUGUGCAAAAAACAAAACAGUAGGAUCACGAGGUCACAUACCUUCUCCAGCUUUGCAGCUGCACUCAGUCUUCCUUCCUCAUCCAGAACGCUUAUUCCCUAGGGGGAAAAUGAGAAGCUCAUGCCAGUGGCCCUUGAUAAUGGCACUGAAUUGUUCCUGAUGGCAUUACUUUUAUAAAAGAUGAACCUGAAGUUCAUUUACUAGCAUGGUUCCCAAUGAGAAAAGGACGUGGAUUAGGACUUUAAAGCAUUGAACAAAACUUCCCAUGGUCUCUGGCCUCAACGAGCUCAUAGUUUAUGGAGCUAGAAGUGGGAGAAAACUCAAGAAGAUCAACGCAGCUAGUUUGUAGAUGUUGAGCUUUAAGUUAAGGUGAUGGUAGCUCUUGAUGUCAUUGUCUUAGUUCCGUCUUCAUUGUGCUUGGAGUCCUCUGCCCCAGGGCUUUGCCAGGCUGCUGGGUUUCCCCUAGGCCCGUUUUUCUCAGAAUGUUGUUCUGGCCUAGCCACUUCUCUACCCACGGAGGAGGUCUUUAGGAAGACCAUUAGGAAGGUCUCUGGACCUGAGACCUCUGAAUCAGUCCUGUUUUGUUGGAGCUGCUGUAAAUACUAUUUGUGAAGUAGGGAUGCCUCUGUCUAAUAGGUUUGGGACUGAACUUUGCCAGUGCUGGGUCUCUCAGAUGAUACUUAUUUUAAAUGCUCUUAUUUUAGAUUCUUUCCCCAUAGCCUGUUAUUGUAACAGAAAUUCUAUCAUGAAAUACUUGGUUUUCCUCCCUAUUUUAGGAGAAAAAUACCUUGUUUCAGAGACCUUUUAUCAGAUACCUAUAUUUGGUGCUGAGUAAUGGCCCAGAGAGCAAGUUUUCGUCUUGGAGCAUAGCCUAGGAGGCUAGGGGUUGGCAGUUGCCUCAGUCCUAUGGGGGAGAGUCAUGAAGGAUGAAAGCAGAGAUUGACUUAACCUAGUCCUGCAAACGGCUGAAGUCCAUGGCUUAGACUGACUUCUUAAAAUUCCCUUAGGCUCUCAGCCAUUUGUCAAAGUUAUUCUCCCAGUUAUGAUCAUUCACUCAUUUGUACAUUUAUCUAAAUAUUCUUGAGGGCCUUGCAUAAUGUAAGGUGCUUUCUAUUGACAUUCCCUGGUUGAAAAUCAUUUGUGGCUUCUCAUUGCCUGCUAAAGGGUGUCUACAUUUUGUCUGGCAUGUAGGGUCGUCAGUUGUUGGGUAAGAUAAUGAAUACUUAUCUCUCCUAGUAUGAAGCCUACUCUUAGAGAAGACCUCUGUCGAGUUGGCAGUGGAGGGGGUGGCAGAGCUGCUGGUACAGGGGGGAGCUGGUUAAGGGCAACCCUUUCCUGAGUAGUAUAAACUUCCUGUUCCACAAAGCUUUCCUGAACACCAUACCCCAAAUACAUAGGAACAGGGCUCCAUUCUCCAGCAAAGUCUAAGGGAUGGAUAGAAUGAAAAUAUCAAGACUACUAUGGUACCUACCAUCCAAGAAGGGAGUCAAGGAAGAGACCUUGGUCACAUGCCAGUGUGGACCACAGCUGUCCUGUACCAGCACCUAUUAGAUGUCUUCUCCAACUCUGAAUUGCUCUUCUCCUUCUCCUUCCCCUUUGCUUCAUGUUUGCUUCUCCUUAGUGAUUAGCAGUGAAACUCUUAAUAGGCAAAGGGCCUGUGUGCAUAUUUCAGGAAUAGCAAGAAACGAGGGUUGGGUUAAUCCAAACUCUGUAAUCCAGUUACAGAGGUAGUCCAGAAUGAGGGUUAGGGACAGGAACAGAGUGGGCAAUGGUGGCUCUAAAGAAAAAGAGCAGCAGGGUAGGAGUCCUGGCACCUUUAGGAAGAGAGGGAAUGACGCACAGAUAAGAGGCAGAGGCUGGAGACAUGAUGUAGGUGGGGGAAUCUGUCAAGAAGAAAUAAUUACAGGCUGGAGCUGUUUCCCAACACAUGUGGAAAGGGAAAAUAAGUUCCUACCCAGCCCUAUAACUUUAAGCUGGCUCAACUCAUCCAUGUUCUUCAUGACUAACAAAAACAGUUGGAGGCACUCCAGCUUUGUACCAAUUACCUAAGCCUUGGGGCCCUGGGACUUACACCAUGAUACUGGUAUCCUGACUAAGCCCAUUUCCAACCCUCUCAGGUUGGUAGAAUGAAAAAGAUUGGGCAAGAGAUGGCAGCUGUGAAGAAAAGAGGAAAGCAUACCGGAGGCCUCUAAUCUAGAGGUGUGAAGAGAGGACCGCGGAGGCUGUGGUCCAUUGCCUGCAGAUGUUCCCACCCUGUCUUGGGAGCCUUACAAUGGAUCCACCCAGCACACAUGGCCCAUGCCUGGGAGUGCAGGAAAGCAUGGGUAGGGACCUCCUACUGCUGAUAUGUACCCAGAUCAGCCUCCCAUCCCUUCAACCUGCUGGUCCUGCUCAUGCUCCCUAACUCCUGAUGCCCUCACUCCUAGGCCACUGCUAUUUACUUCAGGCCCUUGUUAUUAAGGUGUUUUACUUGGACCUGUUUCUCCUGGUCACCAGUCUCCCCUCAUAUCCAUGGCAUAUCAUGCAACUGCAGCCACAGAUAAACAGGUCUGGGCUGUUGGGUAGCCCGAGGGACCCAUCGAGGUCAACCUAAGGCUAAGCAGCCUCUCCAAGGCAGUAGGAUUCAGUACUUCCAUUUCAGCCAGAUUAGGCUGCUCAGGCUUCUUCAGUAGGCUGUGAGGUUUCCCCACUGCAUUAUUCAGUAGAUGUCAUGCCAUCCUCCCCCGUGCUGGCAAAGUGCACAGUUGGAGCCUCCCUUUGGUCAUCACCACAGCUUGCUGUGUACUAUUGUUGUCUGUGUUGUGCCCUCUAAGGCCUCUGUGAGGCUCUGAAUUCCUUGAGGGCCAAAUCUGUAUGAAUCUUCCCUCUGUCCUUUUUACCUUGAAUCACAUGGUUGCUUUAUAAAUAUAUGCUUUUUCUAUUAUAGUCUGAAUUCCCUGAAGGUAAGGACUUUGUCCGAUUCCUCUCUUUGGCCCCUGCACCUGGCACAGGGCCUGGCAUAGAACAGGCAGCAGGAAAGUUUUGCUGAAUGAAUAAAGGAAUCAAAGAUCCUUGGCCUUCUGGAGCUAAGAGACAAAGUCAGGGCAAGCUCCCCGACAGGGAGAAGCAUAUUGUAUCCUCCUGUGAUUGGAUAGUGUUCUAAACUUGCUGAGCACUCACCUUAAAUGAGUCUUCUCUAUGCUGGCCUGCUCCCAAGUCAGCCCGGAUGUCCCAGGAUCACAGCCUAAGCCUGAAGCUAAGCCUUGAUUUGGGAUUCUCAUCUCAGUGGUGUUUCCCCUCUGUCCCUGAUUGGAGUUUCUGUAACUGACCGUCCUCCAGGACUCAAAGGGAGGUGCCGUGGUUCAGUGUGGUCUGAGCAUGUCUUGGCUCUGUGAUACCAAGUGCCAGAAGUGCCCUCUGUACCUUUCACAGAAACUAACAGGACUCUGAAACAAGGAAAUGAAUAAAGAGCUCAAUUUCAAUGA